AAGUAAUUUGGAGCCAUAUUUGAUUAAUCAAAAAUGUCACUCUUGAAAGAGCCUUUACAACCACUUUCAUGGUCAAAGUUGGAGAAACUUUUGGAAAUAUUACGACUAGACAUGCCCGAUGCCCUCACGGUACACGGAAUAGUGCAAACUGCUCUGAGGUGGCGGCAAACUGAUGCUUCGGAGCGGAUCAAGGUGUAUACAACAGGUGAAAAAUUAGGAAGUGCUGCGAUCGUCUGCAUCUACAGAGUAACGGAUAACCUUAAUUACAGAGUGGCCAUGCACUGCACGAAUAAAAACACCUCAACUCUGAGAAAUGCCUUGCUAACGACAAGAAGGAUAAAUUGGAACUCAUCCGAAACCACAAUUCAUUUCACUGCAUUUCACGAGAAACUAUUGCCCAUUCUAGAGGAGUGCCUCCCUCAUCACAAAUUUCAAAUGAUGGAAUAUCCUAGCGCAGCCGGUGCACCAAGACUACCAAGAGUAGUGAACAAUGUAUACAAGUGGAUAACCUCUAACCAGCUAGCGUCAUGCAACUUCACGUGCCCACCAGAAGUCAACUUAGCACCCGUGGGUCUCGAAUCCGUGGAACUUAUCAGAUCGAACUGGUUCAAUCAUCCAGAUGCGGCUGAGUACAUUCCAGCCCUUAUCAAGCACAACCCCAGUUUGGGCGUCUAUUCUCGUGCCACCGGCGAACUUUGCGCCUGGGUGCUGUUCAGCGAGUUCUGCGCAUUGACUAUGCUGCACACAGUGGAGCGACAUCGCCGUAAAGGUUACUCACAGCUCCUGAUCAAUGCCAUUUGUAAGAGGCUACUCCCUGAGGGACUAAUCGUCGGAGCUGCAGUUAUCCUCGAAAAUACAGCGUCUCUAAGACUAUUUGAGUCCCUUAAGUUUAAAUCCAGUCAAGAUUAUUACUCUUACGUUCUUGCCGCACCAUCAGCUGUAGACCAACUACUUAAUGUGAGUGUAACAUGCUUGGAGAAGCAGCAAAUGUAAAAAUAAAAGUAA